CAUGACGAGUCAGGUGACCUGACCUGAGCCUGAAAGCGCCAAAACCGUCAACAUGAGACAUCGAAGAGUGGCGGACGGAAGUGGAAAGCAGAAACCAGCGGCCCGUCAGAGACCAGCGGCCCGUCAGAGACCAGAAGCCCGUCAGAGACCAGAAGCCCGUCAGAGACCAGCGGCCCGUCAGAGACCAGCGGCCCGUCAGAGACCAGAAGCCCGUCAGAGACCAGCGGCCCGUCAGAGACCAGAGACCAGAAGCCCGUCAGAGACCAGAGACCAGCGGCCCGUCAGAGACCAGAAGCCCGUCAGAGACCAGAAGCCCGUCAGAGACCAGAGACCAGAAGCCCGUCAGAGACCAGAGACCAGCGGCAGGCCGGGAGGACGUGUUGGCGGCUAGUGGUUUUCAGUUAGCGGCCCGGUUGACACCUGCCAGUGAUUCCCAUUCAGCGGCCCGGUCGACAUCUGCCAGUGGUUCUUAUCCGGUGGCCCAGUCGACACCUGCCAGUGGUCCUCAGUUGCCGCUCCAGAUGGAGCGUAAGCUGCUGGCGACAGAGCAUCUUCCCACCAUUACCUGCGAGGCAGAGUGUGUUAAUUGGCCCGUUAGUGAAGCUGGUUGGAGUCUCCAGGGUGUCCAAGUGUCCACACAGACGUUUGAGCGUUGUGUUGUGCUACAGAUGAAAAUAGUGCUGUUGACGAGAAGAGGAGCUCCGUCGGGACUCAUUACUGAGAGAUGAAAGAAGUACUGGCCUUCACUCUAGCUAUUGGACCGAUGUGCCGAGCCCGCAGUCCAACCCAGAACACUCGAGGAACCAAAACUUCAGGACAGCCUGACUCCCAGACAAAGCAGGCUGAACAUCUUCAUACAGCUGGAUCCACACACCUGUGACUCAGGGGUCGAGCCAGUGUCUUGUUAUUGGAGGGCCACUGAACCCCAAACUGUUCCUGGUGUGCUGGUCUUGCAUCGCAGUCCCCAACAUCAGUGUGAAUAUCUCCUGCAGAGUGGUUCAGUGGUGAAGGAAUGUCAUUGAGGAGACAGCUGUCACACAUCAGGUGUUGUGCACAGUUUGAAAUCUUCACAGUCAGAUACAGGAUGAUUUUUCUGUCCCUGAUAAAACAAUAAAUAAAUGUUAUUGAGGUUCAGGAGCACCAAUCAAGUUCAAAGGUUGCCGUGGUAAUGGUUGUGUCAUUUAGUUGUUACAAGUUACACUACCUUGCUUGUGCAAUAUCAUUGACUUUUAUUAUGUUUUCUGGGUUUACCAUGUUGAAUAUGUUGCUCACUGAUAUCAGGGCCCUACACCCAACAUGGUAAUGCACCAUGAGUACACUACAAAAACUGAUGAGGAAUGGUCUGAAGAAUUUGGCAAAGAGCUGAAAGCAUUGACCUGGCCUCCAACUGCCCAAGAUCUGAAGCCGACUGAGCGUUAAGUUUGAUCCAUGGAGGCACCCAUCUCGCAAUCCCCAGGACACAUACCCCUCUUCAACCAAGUCAGUUCAGUUGCUGGUUCGAAGCAAGUGCCUAAUCUGGAACCAGUUCUUUGUGUUUCGACAGUCAAAGAACUAUUAGGCAAACUGGUUCCAAAGGGGCACCAACACUUUUCCAGUCUAAAACAAAGAACUGAUUGAGGCUGGGGGCAGGGUUAAUCCGACCAAGGACCAACUAAAACAGCCUAUGACAACCAUUUUUACCAACUAGUCAGAGUAGUGUGUUCUAAUGGAAAAGAAAUUUGGUUGUCAAAAGGUUUACAGGUUUAAACCAGCACUAGUAGGAGCCUAGUCAAAAAGGGGGAAUCAAAGGAUAUGUUUCCUCUGAUCAGACACCAAAUGACCACCCCCAGAGUUCCUGUGUCUACACCUCAACAGGUCAGAGCAAAGUAAAAUUCAUAGCAGGGCCUCCAUGGAUUGGAAUGGGAUGCCAUUAAGGCCUAAGGGCAACCAUUUUGAAUCUCUCAAAAGGGUUUACAUACUUUGGUUCUUAUUUUUGAUUGCAUGACAGUGUGGUGACUUUCAGUCCAACUUGUUUGUCUCUUCAACCAAUGGCAGCGUCAGACGGAGGAUAUUAAAGUGCAGAGUCAGUGUUCAGAAGGGACAGUUGUAUCAGUCUUAAUGGAAACCAGCUGAUUUCUACAGAAUGAACUGUAAGCAGAUAGUCAGGUUUGAGUCUUCAUUUUUGUCCUGAAAUCACAUUUCCUUCAAAUUGAAGGAACAAUUAGACGGUGGUGGGAGUUGAUCUUACCUCAGAUUGUUUCAUACAUUUUCUAUACUGUCAUAUAUUUAUUCUGAUGAUUUUAUGUCUCACUGAACCUGGAAUGAGUUCAGUUUUCUCACUGAAUUGGUUGAAUCUUUGGAUUGAUUCCAUUAUAUUUUAAGUUCUCUCUUCAGUUUGAAACCAAACCCCCUGAGGAGAGAUGAUCCAGCUCCACUUUAUGACAGAUUUCUCUGUUUGAUUCAACUAAAACUCUGAACAGGGAGGUUUUCUGAGGUGGGAGGAUGGAGAACGUCUCCUCACACAAACACUUCAUCCUCGAUGGUUUCAGUGAACUCGGAGCACUGAGGCCCGUCCUCUUCAUCCCCUUCUUCAUCAUGUUCAUUGUGUCACUGUCGGCCAACUCCCUGCUGCUGUACGUUGUCAUUUCACAGAGGAGCCUCCACUCUCCAAUGUGCAUCCUCAUGGCCGGGAUGGCGUUUGUGGACUUGAGCCUCCCGCUGUUCUUUGUCCCCAACAUGCUGCUGAGCUUCUUGUUUGGCUGGAGGGGAAUCUCUCUGACUGGCUGCCUGGUUCAGAUGCAUUUCAUUCACUUUAUAGGAACUUUUCAGUCCACGUUGCUUGUAUGGAUGGCACUGGACCGCUACUUUGCCAUCUGCACACCACUCUACCACCAUGAACACAUGGCUUUACCCAAAUUCCUCAAGUUUAUAAUCCCAUUUGUGGUCAGAAAUGUCCUCCUGGUUACACUGUUAGUGAGUCUGGCUGGAACUUUGUCAUUCUGUGCUGGAAAUGUGAUGAACCACUGUUUCUGUGAGCACAUGGCCUUGGUGGAGCUGGCCUGUGGAAGUACAGCCAUCAACAACCUGGUGGGGUUACUGACAGUUUUCUUAAUCCCAGUUGCAGACUUUAUCUUUAUUGCUGCUUCCUAUGUGGUGAUAUUCAGCUCUGUGCUCAAGUCUGGCAGGUCAGGGGUCAAAGCACUUCACACCUGCAUCACCCAUAUCAUGGUCAUCACUGUUGGUUUGAUCCUUGGACAGGUUGCUUUCCUGUCGUACCGGAUCAGAAACGGUCUUCCUGCAGCCAUUCGGGUUUUCACCAGCACCAUGUAUCUGCUGUUCCCGAGUUGUUUCAACCCGAUCAUUUAUGGGAUCAGAACUGCCGAGAUCCGACAGCACAUCCUGAAGACACUGACAUGCUGUCGCUUUGUUCAAACUGUGCCUCAUUCUUAAGAAACUAAUAAAAAUCUGUAAUGUAAAAUGA